AAAGAGUGAUUCUGCGUAACUUGUUCAAUACGCAACAACGUUCUGUUAGGAAGCUGCAGCACGUUGAGAAGACAAGCCAAGUCCUGGCUGACGAACCAAGACCGCGACGAGGCGUCUCUUUCUCUGAUCCUCAGGAGAUGGAUUACCGAGACUCAAAGAGGCCGACUUUGACCUCUACAGUCUUGCUAGAUGCAGUCCCGAUCGAGGACCAAGAGUGUAAUGUUGGGCCUGGAGAAUCACCGACUGCACUUGGUAUUCACGUACCUGCAGACCAAGAUCCCAGCCAAUUCUUACUGUAUCAGUGGACGAAGCCCUCAGAGCCUAAUACCAUGGAAGAGCAGACAGAAAAAGACUCAAAUAAUGAUGCAAUUUAUGGCAUGCCUCCACUAUUUUCGAAUACCUACAGACACGCCUACAGCAACCUUGUAUCACAAUGUGAGUCGGAAGUAGUCAUGGAAAUGGAGUCCUUUUCAAGAAAGCUGGCAGAAUCUUUCAAGAAGAGUAUGUCGGAGCUACAUCUCAAGAAAGAACAAAAUAAAGCUAGCCUCAGUAAUCAACUCGAGGAGGUGCAGAAAGCCGCUGAGGCUGACCGAACAGCUCUUGAGGCUCAACGUGCGCUGGAAAUGAACAACUUUGAAAUACAGCUUAUCCAUAAAGAGAACAAGGAGAACACUAUCAACUCAAUACGGUUGGAGAUCGAGACAUCUUACACGAACUUCGAGGCACGUGUGAGAGAACGACCAGCCGCAUCAGAAACACUGCAGCCAUUCUUGGCACAUAUCAAAGGAUUGGAAGACCGACUGUCAGCAGAAAAUGAAAGAUUGAAUGAACUUCAAAUCACCUUAGCAGACGCGAAGAGAAGGGUGCGAGAAGAGUUCACUGCGAAACUUGCGGACAUAGAGAGGAUCAAGAGUGAUAAGGAGACAAUGACGAUGAAGGAUAAUGAAGAGCAGUUUAGAAGAUUGGACGAAGAGCAUCGCGGGCUGGCUGAAACUCUCGCCACAUAUUCGAAUGAUAUCUCAGAACUGCAAGGGCAAUGGCUGUCCUUAGUUCAAGGAGUACAAAAGUAUACUGAUCUGGAAGAAUCGGACUCAGGAUAUGAAACUUCUCCCGAUGAGCUAAAGUCUGCGCCGAGUUGGUUGGACGAGGAUCUCGAUGAUGCGGAAACUGAACUGGGUGGAGAUCAAGAGCACAGUGACGGCCACGACAGCGAUAAAAUUCCUGAGGAAGAGAAUACACCUAGAAGCCCACCCAAUGGAAAAUCCCAGCACAGUCCAGAUGCUAGACAGAAUGGCUUCGUACCCCCUGAUGUAUCACUUGACGAGCAAAUAAAUGAUGAUGAAGUAUGCUCGGGUCAGAAAAAGCAGGAACGUUCCAUGGAAAGAUCUCACUGCCACCGUCAAGCUUGGAAGGCCCCGCUACCAUUUCAAUCUGGGACUAACAUUCUUUCACAUAUUCUUAGCUUGAACAUUGAGCAGCUAUGGUUCAAGGCUUCUAGGGAUGAGUACAAGUUCUACUUAGGUUCAAGACCAGAGCCAUUCUAUACUGUCGAACUUGUGCCGGAAGAUUUGAGAAACUUCCAAACUGCGAAGUUUGAAUGGACAGUGCUUCAUAAAGCGUGGGCAAACGACUCGGCGCUCCGUGCAUUAGGAUUAGGAUUCGUGUACAAAGAGGACAGUGAUGGUCAUGUCUGGAUCCAAAAAGAAUUGAGCUGGGUAAGUGACCAACACGAUAGAGCUCAAUUUUAGCUUGAACGCUGACAAGGAAGUAUAGUUCCACAUCCAGCAGCUUUUCGAGAUUUCGUGCUCCAUUCUAGAUGAUAUGUUAGCUACAGCCUCCAGAAAGAUUAUGACGAGAAGAUCAGAAGAACACGGAGAGGAGCUGCCUGGCCCACCUCCAAAAUCAAGGAUUCUCCGCCGGAAAGUCAAGGAGACAAACUUACAUUCAGAACUUCAUGGGGCUUUUUUCAGAACAAAGGCGCUAGAAGACUAAAGACUUCGUGACGCUGCACUCAUCGAUGUGACUUGACGAUGAGACUUAAAUGGUAGACGAGCUUGAACCGGUGGAUGUCAGGCGCAAGGUUCUGCUAUUAGUUGUUAAAAAUAUAAGGUAGACAAAAGCAGCAAUGUGAGUUUGGCGACAUUAAAUCAAGGACAUGGAAUCGAUACAUACGCCGAUACGGUCAACUUUGAAAUGUCAAUAUAUGAUGCUCCUCAGACAA